GAGACACUUUACCAGAGAGAGAGAGAGGAGAUAAGAUGGCCGUUAGGAGACAGGCUACAAGGAUUUUUGCCUUCUUCUUCCUCCUGAGAGAGCCUAUAUUUUGCGAUUGCCUCUACGCCUUGCCUAUCAUGUGGCUCAUGCCAGUCAGCACCUUCCCUGGUCGUGCCAACCUCACUGCGGAGGUCAUGCCCGCCAUUCACCUUGCUCUGCACCAUCUGAGGAAACACCCCUCUGCCCUCAAGGACUGUGGAAUCCAAUUUUAUCUGGAGGAUACCCAGUGUGACAAUGCAAAGGGACUGAAGGCCUUCUUUGAUGCAAUAUAUUAUGGCCCAAAGCACCUGAUGAUCUUUGGGGGAGUUUGCCCGUCAGUGACGUCCAUCAUUGCUGAGUCUCUUGAAGGGUGGAACCUUGUACAGCUUUCCUUUGCUGCAACCACACCAGUUCUCGCUGACAAAAAAAAGUAUCCAAACUUCUUCCGGACCGUCCCGUCGGACAAUGCAGUCAACCCAGCAGUCAUCAAGUUCCUCAAGAAAUAUGAGUGGAGUAGGGUGGGGACUCUGACCCAGGAUGUGCAGAGGUUCUCUGAGGUGAGAAACGACCUGACCAGCAAACUGGAGAAGGCAGAUAUUAGAAUUGCUGACACCGAGAGCUUCUCUAAUGAUCCCUGUAUCAACGUGAAGAAACUCAAGGAUAACGAUGUCCGGAUAAUUAUUGGGCAGUUUGAUGAGAACUUGGCAGCGAAAGUUUUUUGCUGUGUGUACAACCUGAACAUGUAUGGCAGUAAGUACCAGUGGGUCAUUCCAGGCUGGUAUCAGGGGAACUGGUGGGAGCAGGCCAACUCCACCAACUGCACCACCAAGAAACUUCUCACAGCUAUGGAGGGCUACAUCAGCGUGGAUUUCGAACCGCUCAGCACCAAACAGACCAGAGGAGUAUCAGGGAGGACGCCACAAGAGUACGAGGCAGAGUAUAACAGGAGGAGGCUGCAGAAAGGCCUGGAGUCCAGCAAAUUUCACGGCUUUGCUUAUGAUGGGAUCUGGGUGAUUGCCAAGACGUUGACAAGGGUCAUGGCAAUUCUGAGACAGAAAGGACACAAGAAGAUCCAGGACUACGACUACACCAACAAGGAGCUCGGAGAGAUCGUCCUGGAUGUCAUGAAUGGGACGAACUUCCUUGGUGUGACAGGCCAGGUUAUGUUCCGUAAUGGAGAACGGAUGGGGACCAUCAGAUUUAACCAGUUUCAAGAAGGUCAAGAAGUAAAGGUUGGGGAGUAUAAUGCAAUAGCUGACGUACUGGAGCUCAUGAACAAUACCAUCAGGUUCCAAGGUGUGGAGCCUCCAAAAGACCGGACGAUUGUCCAAAACCAGCGGCGUAACAUAAACCUUCCUCUUUACAGCAUUCUCUCUGCCGUUACCAUCCUGGGAAUGUUCAUGGCAGGAGCCUUCCUUUUCUUCAACAUCAAAAACCGCAAUCAUAAGCUGAUAAAGAUGUCCAGUCCAUACAUGAACAACCUGAUUAUCCUUGGAGGAAUGCUGUCCUACGCAUCCAUCUUUCUCUUUGGUCUUGACGGAUCUUUUGUCUCUGACAAAGUAUUUGAAACUCUUUGCACUGUGCGCACUUGGAUCCUCACUGUUGGCUACACAACGGCGUUCGGAGCCAUGUUUGCAAAGACCUGGAGAGUCCACGCCAUCUUUAAGAAUGUCAAGAUGAAGAAGAAGAUUAUUAAAGACCAGAAGCUGAUGAUAAUAGUUGGUGGGAUGCUGCUGAUUGAUCUCUGCAUCCUGAUUUGCUGGCAGAUUGUAGACCCCCUAAAGCGGACAGUGGAAGAAUACAAUUUAGAGGCAGACCCUCAAGGCAGAGACAUUGCAAUCCGCCCUUUCCUGGAACACUGUGAAAAUGCAAACAUGACUAUCUGGCUUGGCAUAGUCUAUGCCUACAAAGGGCUACUCAUGUUAUUCGGGUGUUUUCUAGCCUGGGAGACUCGCAAUGUAAGCAUCCCUGCCUUGAACGACAGCAAGUACAUCGGGAUGAGUGUGUACAACGUGGGCAUCAUGUGCAUCAUCGGAGCUGCCGUGUCCUUCCUCACCCGCGACCAGCCCAACGUGCAGUUCUGCAUAGUGGCGCUGGUCAUCAUUUUCUGUAGCACUAUCACCCUGUGUUUAGUGUUUAUGCCAAAGCUAAUCACAAUGAGAACGAAUCCAGACGCAGCCACUCAGAACCGGAGGCUUCAGUUCACCCAGAACCAGAAGAAGGAGGACUCGAAGACGUCAACAUCUGUGACCAGCGUGAACCAGGCCAACACAUCUCGACUGGAGGGGCUGCAGACAGACAACCACCGCCUGAGGAUGAGAAUCACAGAGCUCGACAAGGACCUGGAGGAGGUAACCAUGCAGCUGCAAGACACGCCAGAGAAGACACCCUACAUCAAGCAGAACCAUUAUCAGGAUCUCAACAACAUCCUGGGCAUACACAACUUCACAGAUGGGAAAGAUGGAGACAAAUCUAUCUUGAAAAACAAUCACGAGCAGAAACCUCCAGCACAGUGGGGCUCUGUGGACCCUUCCAGAACGAGUACAGAACCUAUCGAAGACAUCAACUCACCAGAACACAUACAGCGCAGACUGUCCUUGCAGCUGCCGAUUCUGCACCAUGCCUACCUGCCCUCCAUAGGAGGAGUGGACGCCAGCUGCUCCAGCCCUUCAGUGAGCCCGAGUGUCAGCCCUCGGCACAGGCAUGUGCAGCCGUCCUUCCGGGCCAUGGUUUCCGGCCUGUGAGCAACAGCAAAGGAGGAAGAGGGGAGGCUCCCUGUUUUUUGUUGAACUUAUAUUGUAGUCAGCAAAAAACGAACUGUGUACGUGACCCAGUACUCUCUACACGACGCACGCUCCAAUCACAGAGGGACUGACAGCCAAGGCCAUCACCCAUAACCACUCCUGAUGUACAAGCUUGUGGCAACAGAGGACACAACCGUCAGCCUUUUAUGUUAAAGGGUUUUUCGUGUUUUGUAUGUUUUUUCAUUUUGUUUUGUCGUAUAUUUGACCAUGAGUCAACUUGUCAAACUUGGGUAUUUUACUAAACAUUGGAUACUGUUAGGGAUGCAAAAGGAGGAAGAUUGUUUGUAUAUAAUCUAUCUAUCUAUCUAUCUAUCUGUCCAUCCAUCCAUCCAUCCAUAUAUAUAUAUAUAUAUAUAUAUAUAUAUAUAUAUAUAUAUAUAUAUAUAAGAAAAAGGUAAUGUAGGUACACAAAAAUGUGAAUAAUUAAUAAAUAUAUAUAUGCAUUUCUGAAAACAUUCCUGUCAUAAAUAGGAGGUUCACUCAAAGUGACUAUUGUUAGUUAAAGACCUUGAAAAAUUGCAGUUGGCAACAGUGUUGUUUUUCAAUGUCUGAAAACCAUUCGCCUUCAUUUUCUCAGGGUGUCUCCAGGGGAUCCGAGACCAUUGGGUUCUUACCAUUGGUUUUAGUCAAGGCACCCUGUAUCACUCGGGUCAUUGUUGUGUAAACCUGGAUAUACAAAUACAGUCUCUUUACAGCUCAUGAAUCCGACUGCAGAUCCAAAUGGCCAAGCAGGUUGUGGGAAAGCAAAUGUACUUAUCAGAUUAACAUACAAGAGAUUGCAACUGUUUGCUGGCUACGUUAUUAAAAGUCUGGAGUGAGUAAAACAAGGAUAGACGUAUGGUAUGUUUUUUUUUGUUUGUUUUUAAGCAAUACCUACAGGGCCCAACAAGAGUAUAUGGAGAGAAGUCUUCCGAGUGAAGAAAUGGAUAGAAGCGAGACAUGCGGUCUGGGAUUCUGUUAUUUGACAAGAGGUUUUACGUUCUGGAUUUUUGUCAGUUACAGUAUGUGCUGCUUUCUGACUUCCUUUUGUAUAAUCACAGGGUAAUGGGAUUUGGAAUCCCAAUGAAAGAUGAAAUGGCAGACAUAUCCCACUUAUGAAAUAAUUAUCAAUAAAUACACUCUUGUCAGCCAGUUACAAUUACAAAACUUUAUUAUUAUUAUAUAUGGAUAGUGAUUUUAUGGAUAGUGAUUUUAGUUUCUUGUUUUCCUGCCUCUAAAUGCAGUUGAGAAGGUCAAAGCUGAUUUUUUGCUCAUUAAGUGACACAGCCUCACCGGAAUACUGCGCAUGGUGGCAGCCUUUUUACAUUCUGAAAACAAGUGCAAUUCCCAAACUCUCAGCCAGUUGUUGACAUGUUAAACACAUAUCUUUCGCCACCAUUAGUGUCUUGGUGUCAGUAGGCUAAAGCUAAACUUCUGUUUAGGAAGAGAUUUCUUUGAAACAUAUCUAUACUGUGAGACAUUUUUGUGCACUUUAACUGCAAGAUUCUUCAUUUAUUGGAACUUUCUGGUUAUUCUUAACAUUGACUGAACAGUCCUGGGGAUAACCGGAUGGAAGGAGAGUGAAGAGAAGUCAUAACAAGUUGGCCAGUAGAGGAUGAGUGGAGGGUACGAGAGGGAAUAUAAGGAAACACGAGGGAUUGGAGAUGGGAAGGGACAGUAUGAUGAAGAUAGCGAUAAGCAAGAGCAAGGGUCUUAAAUUGGAUCCGAGCAGAGAUAGGUAUCCAGUGGGGAGUGCGAAGCAGAGGGGUAGCGUGAGAGUAGCAGGGUUGGGAGAAUAGCAGAUGAGCAGCAGAAAAAGUUGAAGAGGACGAAUAGCCAAAGCAGGGAGACCAGCGAGGAGAGAGUUACAAUAAUAUCUAUCUAUCUAUCUAUCUAUCUAUCUAUCUAUCUAUCUAUCUAUCUAUCUAUCUAUCUAUCUAUCUAUCUAUAUAUCCCAAAUACACACUUUUAUCCAAAUAACUACCCAGGUAAAGAUUGAGAAAAUAGAUUUCUUAGAUUACCAUCUGUUACAUUUCAGAAAGGAAGUACUGUACAUAAUUACAUUUAAAAAAGGUGCAUUUUAUGGCCUUUUUAAAAUCAUUUUCCGACCUUUCACUGGAAUCAGUGUAGUCGGAAAAUCUCCCUCUCCUCUGCUCAAAGAAUGUCUGCAGUGCUCUGUACUGGUGGAGAAGCUACAUGCUUCACUGAGUGAGAGAAAGAAAAUGUGUGGAAAAAAUCAGCAAAAUAAUCAACACUGAAAUUCUGCUAAAGCUAAUGAAAGGGUUAUAAAAAAAAAUGGUUCACUACAACCUUAAAAAUGGCCGAGGGACGAGCACCUGAGCUGAUUGAUGAGGAACAGCUAAUAAAAAUGAACCUUCAGAGUCAAAUUCUUUUAAUGUGUUUGUGUUUUAUGUUGUUGCUUAAUAUGGGGAGCACAAUGUCAGUGGUUGGUUCAGCUUAAGCUCAUUAUAAAACCUUUUGUGUAGCAAUGUAUUCCUGCAUUGUGGGGAAUGUAUAGCACUGGCUUGUUACACUGUGCUAGAAAGUAGACUAGGACAUUCAUAAAACAUGAAGAUAAAAGGAAUAAAGCAUACUUAGGAAAAGGCAGCUGAAUUUUGAGCUAUUGAAAAUGCAUCAACACGACUUACUGGAAAAACAUUUGAGCCCUGACAAUGUUUUAAAGUGUCUUAUUCCACACAGUCUUAUUCUUAUUACAAACCAUACUGUACAUCGCAAUUCCUUUGAUGGAAAACUCUUUAGAGUUCAACUUGCCAGGAUGGAAAACAAAGUUAUUAUUAUGCUAUAAACCGUGAAAUCUGGUCUUUUGUGUACUUUUACCCUACAGUAAAAUCCAGUGCAGUUAUAUGUACCGUUACAGGUUCCUGAUGCGAUUGUUAGCUUGUUUUAAUUUAAAAAAGAAAGCUCAUGAACAGAACAGGAUUUACUGAUUGACACUUGACAACAGCCUACAACUGAGCUCUACUCACAGAUUGGUAGACAUGGGCAUCCGGGGCGGGUUUAGAUGACCUUUGGAUUUCAACUGGUAGUACCGUCAGCCGAGUCAAAUUAGACCUACAUUUUAAAAUGAGUGUCCAAAAUAAAUUAAAAAAGUGCUUCAGUCAUUCCUGUAAAAUAAUUUGGAAGUCAAAUAUAUACCAACAGAGCAGAAAAUACAUAAAAAAAACACAGGACAAACCCGUCUCUAGCUCGGUGCUGUCUGUUAAUUCUAACAAACUCUGUGGAUGCAGAGAGAGCUGUGUCUAAAUGCGGACAGGUAUUUACACCGCAGACAGGAAAUGAAGAAAAACAGCAUUUCAGAAUAGAGUUACUGUUGCAUACAAUGACGUAUAUAAAACAUGUUUAAAACCAGAACAGUUUUUUUUUUUUUUGACUAAUAACAAUAACAGAAACGCUACAAUAAUAGAGCAAUCCUCUGGAUUUCAGUUUUAUUUUCUUUUAGCGUUUCUACUUUGUUAGUCACAUGCUUUUGUUAACUUCAGGGCUUUAAAUGUUUAUAUUUUGCCGUUUUUAACUACAUGUUCAUACCUAGCUAUAAAUAUCUUAUAAGCCUCAUGCACAAAGCAGCGACUGGAUAAGGCCUUAAGUGUGUUCCCUUUAAUGAGAUAUGGCCCAUAUCAGAUCUAAGGACCUUAGACUUCUCCAAUAUAAAUUCAGUUAUUCACUCAAAGCCUGCUAAAUUAUGGGGGCAGGUAGCAACUGGGCUUACUCUUAUGACCUCCAAUGCUCAAAAUGCUACAAGCAACACAUUUAUAUACAGUAUCUGUAUCUAUAUAUUGUACAGUAGAGAGAUUGUGCUAUGAGGUAGAUAUUUACCGUCAUCGCACCACAACAUACUUUCAUGAUUAGAGCAGUAUGGGUCUCUCCCAUCAUACAGUGUGUGGAUGUCUUGUGUCACCAUGCAGUGCACUGCAACUAUUCACACACUAAGCAAAACGAAGGUUAUUGGGGUUCCAGUGGCGUUUUCAGAAUCUACACACUGCUUUUAUUCAUUUGACUUGUUGGGACUACAAACUGAGGAAACUUAAAAUGUGGCCCAACAGUACAAUGUAUUUUCUGAACUUUUACAGAUUUUUUAAAGUGUCUUAUUUCGUCCCUUUUAAAAAAAAAAAAAAAAGAUAUUUAGAAAAGUUCUGGCUUUAGUAAAUAUUGGAAACUGCAAGUUAUUCUCCAGUUUAUUAGCAGAUCCCAAAAUGUGAUGGCUAAUUUAGUAUAGAUAACCCCCCAACAACGAAUCUGUUUUGUGAUUCGAAAAGAGUAUUGUAUAUAUUUCAACAUUAAAAAUAAAUAAAUAAAUAAAUUACCAUGCAUUGAUGUCUUUAAGAAGAGAGUAUUGGAAUAUGGCAAAUAUUUUCUUAAACUGUUUAGUUUUUUUCGCUAGUAAAUAAAUAUGAUCUGCAGGUCUUCUGUUAAUUCUUUGAAGGGCAUUGAGUGUGGAGCUAUGUAAGGGUUUGAGAAAGAAACUGCAGCAAGACUGAGAAGACAGUGGUGUGCUGGCCUGCAGUACAAUGCAUUCAAUCCAGCUCUCUCAAACCGCAUACCCUGUGUACUGUAGAACUGUUUCUGUUCACUGUAAAAAAACAUGAAAGUGUGUUAUUCACAGAGACCUUCAUAGCGACCCUCCUACGCCUGCGAAACUUCUCUCCGCCCCUUUCGCGGAUUGGAAAUGGCUAGUUUUGGUUUUGUGAUAAAGAAAAUACGAUAUGGAAAUUAGCGAUAUUAUCGCAUAAACACUCUUUCGGGGUUUGAUUUGGUUCGGCCCAAAGAAACAUAAUUUUUUUCAUUUAAAGUUUUUAUUUUAUUUAUUUAUUUAUUUGUAUUGUUGUUAUGUAUGGUUUAAACUGUGGGGUAUACGUAUGGAUAACUUAACCCUGACAUCGGUUUCAAUGUAUUGGUAUUUGACUGAACAUUUGGUUGGAAUGCACUGCAAGUUAAACUAAUUCAAAUUCACCGUUUUGAGCCUCCUUAACUCAACAUAGCAGGAGGUUUCUAUGUAUUUAUGUUUUCUUAAAGGGAAGAGGACUAUAAUUGUAUAUAAUGUAUACAACAAUUUUGCUAUAGAAAUAUUAUUCUAAGAUAGCAAGACAAAAAAAACACUACAGAGAAUAGGACUGUUGGAGAGGAGUGUGUGUGUGUCCGUAAACUGUCUGUGAAUACUGACUGUGUGCAGUUUAUUAAGUUUAUACCAUGCAGUUCAUUAUCUGUCUUAAUGAUACUGUAGUUCUCUGUCCAGUAUUGGAACGUGUCUUUUUUAAAACUGCAAAGUUUCCCCACAGAAUAAAAAAAACAAAGCAAAUACUACUCUUAGUUAUUCAAUGUUUCCAUUAUUUUAUACUGCGGUAAAAAUAAUAUAAAUCUGUAAAUCUAUGAAGAGGCUGUGCCCCAGUGGUGUUUUCAAAACAAUGUUAGUGCACAAACAAAUGCUUUAAAAAAUAAAAUAAAAUAGACGGGAACUUGUCAGAAUAUAAAAAUUAAAAAAACAACAUGUCUAUUAUCAAACAUUUUCUUGUACCCUAAUACUGCAUGAGAUCAAUUUUUCAUAUUGUCGCAAAGUCUGUUUUUAUGAAUAAAA